AUGGUUAAAAAAGCAACAGACAAACACAUCAAAGCCCUUCGAUUAGACAGAGAUGGGGAAUAUACUUCGACAGCCUUUAUGAAGUACUGUGAAGAGCAAGGCAUAAGAAGAUUUCUGAAUGCAGCUUACUCACCCCAACAAAAUGGUGUAGCAGAAAGGAAGAAUCGAACAAUCCUUGACAUGGUUCGAUCAAUGCUGAAGAGAAAAAACAUGUCAAAGGAGUUUUGGGUAGAAGCUGUACAGUGUGCUAUCUACGUUCAAAACAGAUGUCCACAUUUGAAGCUGGGAGAUUUAACACCUCAAGAAGCUUGGAGUGGUCGAAAGCCAACUAUGUCACACUUCAAAGUGUUUGGAAGUGUGGCUUAUGCACAUGUGCCUGAUUAA